AUGACGAAAUUGCUAUUACGGAUCAGUCAAGCAGUCUUCGUCUUUUUUCUUACAAUUAUGUACCAAAUAUUAUCAAGCGUUAUAAUUGUCAUUUCAUUAGCACAAUGCUCACACAAAAAGCCUCGAAUUCAAGAUCGAAAGGACAAAACUGAAGUAAAGAAAAAAGUGAAAAGUGCGCAUACUCCAGCACCAGAGGAGAAAAUAAGGGAUAAACAAGAUAAAAGUAACAGUCCAGAUGAAAAAAAAGGGCGGCGCUAG